AUGGGAACCUCUAUUGCGAGUCUAUCAGACGAUAGACUGCUCAGCAUAAGCCGCACCGAAUCAUCAUCAACUCCAGUUUCUAAGAAAGAGCAGCAGGUGAUUUGGAAAACCUGCUCGGUCUUCCAGAGGAAGAUGUUCUUGGGGGCUAUCUAUUUCAGUGAAAUUGAUAUGACGUUUAAGAGAUUUACUGGAAAUGGUAUGCGCAAACUGUUUCGAUCACCGGGAAAAGACACCGUGACCAUGGAGAAAGACCUGGAUUGCAAUCUGGUGAACGCACUCGAUUGCACCCGCGUCGGAGGUAUGCAUGAACCGCCUAUGGAUUAUGUCUACUGCGAGGUCCUGUACCAGCAAGUCAAGAUGUAA